CGGAGACAGAGAGCGGCACGGGGAGCGUAAGGCGCUGACCGGGUCACGAUGAACUUGGACUCCAUCUACCGCCUGCUGGAGGAGACGCGCGUGUUCCCGACGACGCCACCGCUGCCGCCGCCGUCGGGCCGGGCCCCGGGAGGGGGCGCCGCCGCCGCCGCGUGCUCGGGGGACACCUGCCCCUCGGCGCCCGGCGAGUGGGACGUGCGCGAGGAGCUGCGGCGGCGGGAGCUGGCCGAGACCAAGGCGCGCGCGGCGCAGAUGGAGAAGACGAUGCGCUGGUGGGCCGACUGCACGGCCAACUGGCGCGAGAAGUGGGCGCAGGUGCGCGCCGAGAGGAACCGCGCCCGCGAGGACGGCCGCCGCCUGCGCCUGCAGCUCGACCAGGCGCUCAAGGAGCUGAGCGCGCUCAGGAAGCGGCUCCCCGGGACCCCCGGCGGCCAGGAGGAAGGCUUGAUUAUUGACCCAUUAAGAUUAAAAGAGGAGAUGAAACUCAAUUUAGAUUAUCUUGAUUUGUUCAAAAAUGAUGGUUCUGAGAAUUCUGCAGUGAAACCUGGGCUAGGGCUGCAGGCAAGCAGUGAGCCUUCGGAGAAUGAUGUGCUUGACAUUUCAGCUUUGCGGAUGCCUUUGGAUGAGUUUCAGAAAAUCUUAUGGAAAGAACGCGAGAUGCGCUCAUCUAUGGGAAAAGAACUGGAAUGCCUCGAGUCAGCUCUAUCUAUAUGGAAACAGAAGUAUGAAGAAUUGAAGGAAUCAAAGCUGAAAACUCGGAAAGAGCUGGAGAGACUGCGGACCUCCCAAUGGGACAAGCGGGAGACACUGGAAACUGAGAAGCAAGAACUGGAGAGAGAGAACCGGAGGCUGAGGCUGCACGUGCAAGAAAUGGACGCGCUUCUGCACAGAACACGGAGACUCAGCGCAGACACGCAAGGGCUGACCGUGAAGGCGUCGCAGUUGGGCCUGCAGGACCAAGACCAGGAACUGUUGGAUCUCCAACAUGCCUACCAGAAACUCAACAAACAGUACCAGGCAAAAUUAGCAGAACUGACACAAGCCAACAACCGUGUUGACCAAAGUGAGGCGGAGGUGAAGAAACUGAGAUACCAAGUGGAAGAACUAAAACAGGGACUCAACGAGAAAGAUAAUGAGCUGGAUGGUUUCCGGCAUCAGAUCCACAAACUCCAGAGAGCUUUGGAUGAACAGAAAGAAGCAAAUGACAACUUGGAAACGGAACUCCAACACUUCCGGAAUCGAUGAUGUCUUCGACUAUCAGACUGUCAUCCUACAAGUGAAAAGUGGAAUAUAAAAGCUUAAAUAUAAUCAAUUUGUGAUUGUCACCAUGGCUUUUAUUGUCAACGCCCCACGAAAUUUUUACCUUCCUAAUUUCAUGAGUUGUAAAUCUUUAAAUGGAAAAAAAUUAUUUUAUCUUUCCAGACAACCUAAAUAUUUUGGUGAGGUUAUGAAACAUUAUAUAAUGAGAGAUUUCUCUUCUCUGUUUAAUGGUUUAUAGUUCUCUCUCUGAAACAACUUUUUGUUAUUUUUAUCUCAUUUUCUAUUCUAUUUUAUAUGGAUUUCAGAGAUAUUUAGAAAAAAUUAUCACUUUAUUCUGCUCCAAAAUAUUCUAGACUAUAUUGUGUGGUAUUUUAUCUAACAAUACUUUCAAUGAUGCUCAUGUAUCGAUUUGAAAACAACAAAGUGGACUGUCUCUUAUGAUUGAGUGGUGGGAAUCAUGGACUCCAAUUCUUGUCUCACACUGG